AUGCCAACGAUCAGUAAGGCAGAACGAAGCCGCGAUGAAGCGAGUGCCGAAGUGGAGUAUGUUGACCGGGGAUUGCACUCGUUCCAGGAAAUCUCACAUAUUUUUAACAAUUUGGCAUUGCGAAGGCUCACUCUGAGCCACAACAAAAUCUCGUCUGUACCACCGAACAUUGCCGACUUGGUCAAUCUGGAGGUUGCUUUAUAUACUUUUUUUUUUCGUAAAAUAUAA